AUGAAUGAAUCUUAUGAAAGUUUAAAAGAAAUUUUUCAAGAAAAUUUUCAAGAAGAAACUUUUCAAGAAAAUUUUCAAGAGGAAAUUUUUCAAGAGGAAAUUUUUCAAGAGGAAAAUCUUCAAGAAGAAAAUCUUCAAGAGGAAAAUCUUCAAGAAGAAAAUCUUCAAGAAAAUUCUCAAGAAUCUGCCUUUAAAAAAUCUGCGGGAUGGCCACUCACAGGUGUUUGGAAUUUUUUUAACAAAGGUGCUUCUGUAAAAGGCCAUUCUUCAGGACAGUGUAAUGUAUGUGGAACAUUUUGGGCACGUGCGAAACCUGUAGAUCUUGAGGAGCAUUUAGCUUUAAAUUGCCCAAACCAAGAUAAAGAUAUUAUAGAUUUUUACACUCAAGUUGUUGCUAAUCGACAAGGUCAAAGUCAAGCAUUAUCUCAAGAGAUUAUACCUGGUACUAAUUUAAGCAAAAGAAAACGCAAGCUUACAAGUGGUCAAAUAUUAUUAUCUAAAUUUUUAGAAAGUACUGAGCUAACUCCACAACGUGAAAAUAGUAUCAAUUCAGCUUUAAUAAAAACAUUUAUAGUAUGUAAUAUACCUUUUCAUAUUAUUAGCAAUCUAUAUUUUAUUGAUGUAUUACGAGAAUUGCGACCUGGUUAUCAACCUCCAUCGAGACAAUUAUUUGCUGGACGAUUAUUAAAUGCAGAAAUAAUUAAAGUUAAUCAAA